CUUUUUUCUUUGACUUGUGAUCAAAUGAAUUCACAAAACAAAUAUUAUGAUACUGUCUACUUUGAUUCCGAUCAGGAGGAAGAACCACAACAUGAAGAAUCUAUUGACCAUUCAAACAGUGACCAAGAUCAACGAAAACAAUUGACUAAUGAUGAAUUAUUGUAUGAUCCUCAUCAAGAUGAAAAGGACGAAGCUUGGGUAGCUGCUCAAAUCAAACAGGCAACAACCUAUAAAGGUUCUAAACCCGAUAAUGUCGCUCGUACAGAUGCUAUAUUGUCCUGUCCUAUGUGUUUCUCACCUCUCUGUUAUAGCUGUCAAAGGCAUGAAAGUUACAGUAAUCAAUUCCGAGCCAUGUUUGUUACCAAUUGUCAAGUCAAUAAAAAAGAACGAUAUAGAUAUCCAGAAUCAACAUCAAGCGCAACCAAUGAAGCUUAUUAUGUUGUCAAAUGUGAUACUUGUGAUACCCAUGUAGCUAUGAUGGAUGAAGAUGAAGUAUAUCAUUUCUUCAAUGUCAUUGCUAAUUAGCCACUCUCCACCGUUUUAUUUUAUUUUUAUUAGAUGAUGAUGAUGAUAUAUUAUUUUUUUGUUAUUAUUCUUAUUUUUGUCCCAAUAAAGAUUGACAUCUAUUUUGAAAUUCUCAACGUA